AUGGUCAUCCUAUGAAUCGUGUUUCUGUGUAUCCGCAAUAUCAAAAUUCCCGAAGAACUUCACGCUUCGCGUUCUUCUGGCAGGAUUCAUGACUGACGAUAGGAUGGAGGAAAGGCUUCUUGGUACAGAAGCAAAAGACAUGAGUAGUCUGGCAGGGAAGGUGUGGGCGGAGUCAAAGAAAGCGUGGAGAGUUACCUUCCCAGCAAUGUUGGCCAGAGUGACUAAUUUUGGAGUCUUUGUAGUGACGCAAGCAUUCAUCGGGCACAUCAGCAAAACAGAGCUCGCUGCUUAUGCGCUCAUUCAAAUCAUCGGCGUCCGAUUUGCCAACGGCAUACUUUUGGGCAUGUCAAGUGCAACUGAAACAUUAUGUGGGCAAGCAUUUGGUGCAAAGCAAUACCACAUGUUAGGCAUUUACUUGCAAAGAUCUUGGAUCAUCAAUCUGGUCACGGCAACUGUCUUGGUCCCUGUCUUCGUCUAUACCUCGUCCAUUUUCAAGCUUCUUGGUGUAGAAGAUGAAAUGGCCGAAGCUGCUGGGUACAUUGCCCUGUGGUUCAUCCCGAUCAUGUACUACUUUGUUUUCAUUUUUACCAUCCAAAUGUUCUUGCAGAGCCAGCUUAAGAACGCCAUCAUAGGAUGGCUCUCCGCCAUCUCGUUUGCAAUUCAUGUCUUGUUGUCUUGGCUCUUUGUGUACAUACUUGAUUGGGGAAUCCCAGGAGCAAUGAGUGCGAUGAUAUUAUCAAAUUGGUUAACGUUGAUUGGUGAGUUUGUGUAUAUAUUUGGAGGCUGGUGCGGAAGUACUUGGAAGGGGUUCACCUGGGCUGCAUUCGCCGAUUUAUGGCCCGUCAUAAAGCUUUCCGUGUCCUCUGGCAUAAUGCUGUGCUUGGAAUUAUGGUACAAUGCUGUCCUAGUCCUCUUGGCCGGAUACAUGACAAAUGCCACUGUUGCAAUAUCUGCCUUCUCGAUUUGCCUCAACAUCUCGGCUUGGGAAUUAAUGAUUUUCCUCGGUUUCCUAGCAGGAGCUAGCGUGAGGGUUUCCAAUGAAUUGGGGAGAGGAAAUGUGAAAGCGGCAGUGUUCGCCAUUAAAGUCAUCUUGGGCACCUCAAUUAGCAUAGGAGUUGUCUUUUGGGCCUUGUGCCUUGUUUUCGGUCGACAGAUUGCCUACAUAUUCACAAGUGAGGAAGACAUUGCGGAAGAGGUUUCAAGCCUCUCAGUUCUCCUUGCCUUCUCUAUUUUACUCAACAGUGUUCAGCCGGUGCUCUCAGGAGUGGCGGUAGGUUCUGGGAGACAAAGUAUGGUUGCCUAUGUUAACAUAGGUUCCUAUUAUGUGAUCGGAGUGCCUCUAGGAGUUGUGCUGGCAUAUGUCGCCAAGUGGGAAGUUCAGGGUAUAUGGAUAGGGAUGAUUAUUGGAGUCGCAACUCAGACGGCAGUGCUCGGUUUUAUUACUUAUAGAACGAACUGGGACGAGCAGGUGAACAAAGCAUCGGAACGGGUCAAUAAGUGGUUCUUGAAAAGAUCGAAUGACCAUGGCGAGAGCGCUGCUACUGAACAGCCGAGCGAAUGAAGGAAAACUGAAGAGUAAAGGGUUUCCUCCCGGUUUGGUUCUCGGAUGAAUGAGCUGUCUCCAUCAUUUUUUCCCCGUUUUGCCCCCUCUAAUGAUGGCCAUAGAAACAUUGAUCAAACUCACCGCGAUUGACAAAUCUUUCAGACCACAUUUGUCAGUGACUGGACAAAAUGUAUUUUUUGAAUAUUGGAAGAACCGUCAUGCUUCAGCGACCUUCAUCUAGUAGUUCUUGCUGUAAA